UAAUCAAGUGAUAUUAAGAGUGUUCAUGUCGUAACUACGUUCAUGCUUUGAAAUUAGAAAAAACUUGAGUCUAUCCAAAUGAUCGGAAAUCGGAAUAAAGUUCACAAUAGAGUCAUACAGUCAUACACAGAGCAUUUAGAAAGAUAGGCGAAAGUUUCUAUUUGAUUAAAGCCAAUGAGGACGUAAUUUGACUACAAACAAAGGUUGAAAAAUUUAUUAAAUGUAUUAGUAUGUAAUUUUAAAAUAUUUUUCAUAAAGAAUUGGUUGCCUGUAAUCAGCGACACUAUUCAGUUAUGUGAUUUUAUUUAAAAAAAAUGGUCGAAGCCCAUUCAUAGAUAAAGAUAAUCCUUUUUAAAUCACUUAGUUAUUGUGGAGUUUCUUCCGUCAGGAUUAUAGUGUAGGUAGGUAUGUAGUCUUUGGUUAUGCAUUAAAUUUCCGUGCGAAAUUUCAAUUCAUAUCAUAACAUUAGAGGGUAGCUACUUAUUUAAAAUUUCAAUGAAAAUCCAGUUUGAUGGGCAUAGAUAAUACCUACAUUUAAUAGAAGAUUUAUGGGUAGUUUUUAAAAGUAACGAUACGCGACUACUGUCGUCAAUUCAACUCUGUAACCAUAAUGGACGGUGCAAUCAAUAAUGAUGAUCAAGAUCAAAUUGUGGAGCAACUUCUUAGUGAAUACGACGAAAUAAUUAUGCCUCUGCCGGCGUAUGCGUCUGAACCUCACCUUCUAAUUUCUCGGGUCCGCAAAUCUUAUAUGGAUUAUAUGGUGCAACUCUUAAAAGUUAACUAUGAAACAAGCCACCGAAUUCAACACCAAAAACUCCAUUUUCCCAGUGCUAUUUGGAGAUGUGCUAAAAACAUAGAAAUGAAAGCAGCACAAAAAUGUAUGAUUGUACAAAUUUAUAGAAAAUAUAUUGGAUCUGUGGUUCAGGAAUUAAAAAAAGAUACAAAGAAUAAAAAGAUUAAUAAAAAAUUAUAUGAAUACCUAAAUAAGCAUCCAGAAAAUGAUAAAAAAGUUCAAACAACAUUUAUCAAUCAAAAUGCUUGUACUUGUCCAUGUGUUUGUAUGAAACUUAAGAGAAGACGUAAAAAUGAUACUCAAAGUACACCUGAGAGUAACAAGCGACAUAUAACACCAUUGAAUGAUCAAUAUAAAAUACCGGUUGUCAUUAAUAUGCAUCCAGAGGCUCAAAAUCCAGUAAUUACCAAAGAUAUUCAUGCUAUGGAAACAAUACCACAAUCUGACAUUAUAUCUAAACCGGACAGUAUUUCACCAAAACUUAAUAUGCCAAAGCCAGUUGAUGAUCUUGACACACAUGAUGAGUUAAUGAUGCAACUGGAAAAACUGUUUCAUGGGAAUAAAAAUGAUGAAGAUUUAUUCGAAACAACUCUCUGCAACAUGCCUACUGAUGGUAACUUAUUUGAAGAUUACACAGUAAAUAAUGAUGCUAGCAAUGUAAAUACAUCAGUUAUUGAAAAUCAUGCAAAACAAAUAAAGUCACUAGAUGAAAAGCUGGCAUCAUUAGCAGACAUGCUUGUUAAUAACACCAAAGAUAAUUCUGCACGUGAAGACCAAAAACUGCAACAACAAAAAGCACAAACACUACAACAUAAGAAGCAAAAUCCAAGCAAGUGGUUAUGUGAAGAAUAUUUUUUAAAAGUGAAAUUAUUUGAAAUACUUGAUCUUAUUGGAGAUUCAAAUAGAAAAAAAUUAGCAAGGAUCAAAGAAUUGUUUGCUAAUUUAUUUGGACCAGACAGUGAUGAUGAAAGCAUACUAUCGCCAUUAGAAGAAACCCCUGAGUUUGUUCUGAGUUGUAAAGAAAGAAUUGCUCCCUGGGUUGUUAAAAUACUUACUCCUGUAUACACAAAAGGUCAUAUUAAAGGGAAAGCACUGUUCAAAGCAUUAGCGAAACAUCUAAUUAAUUUGAUUUAUCAGUGCAGCCACUAUCCAGAGGAGUAUGAAGUGAAAAGUUUUGUUUGUGACUUCUUGAAAAGUCACAGAGUGAUAAGAUGUGAGGCAGAUUUCCACCAAUUUAGAAUAGAGAAUCUUUAAAUAGAUACUAUGAUGCUUUAAAUAUUAUGUUCUGUGGUAUACAUAUUAAAACCAUAAUUCUCAGCCAUGUCAGUAAAUAUUCCAUAAUAAAUUCAGUUGUAAAAAGUAGAAUAAUGUUUAAAUCUGUAACAUUAUUUUUAAAGUAGAAGUUUAUUAAUUUAAACAUAAUAUUCCAGUUCAGUUCCAGUUAGUAUUUUAAAGUUAAUAAAAAAAGUUUUUCGUAGCCUCCAUAAUAAUUGUCAAAAAA